AUGCAUUAGUAAUAAAUUGUAUUGUCCUAUUUUGGAUAAUUGAGAUUGUAAAUCAGCGAUGUAUUAAAUAUCAAUAAUGAAAAAUAUUUCAGAAAACAAGCAUCAGAAUCAGAGUUGGUUUUAAUUUCAAGAUUGACAGGAAAAAUAAAUAAAAGAAAUACAGAAUAAUAAAGGACAAUAGUAAUCUCUAGUGAAAACAUCUAUAAUAUUGAUAAGAAAUCAAUUAAAAGAAAGAUUUCAAUUCAUAAAAUAUUUGGAGUAACAGUUUCUAGGUCAAGUUAUGAAUUUGUUUUACAUGUUCCUUAAGAAAGUGAUUAUCGUUUCAAAUCAUAAGAAAAUAGAGAUAUCAUUCUCUAUUAUCUAUCAAUUGUCCUUAAAUUAAAUAAUAAAGAUGGCUUAAGGCUUUAUAUGGUAGAUAAUGAAGAGCUAGAUCAAUUUUGUUUACAUGAUGCAACAGCUGAUUGUAAAAAAUAAAUUGCUUUACACCCAAAAACCAAAUUAUUAUUGUUAUAUCCUGAAAAUUAUCAAUUGUCAUAUAUAAAUUUGAUGUUUACAUAAAAUAAAAAUGUCAAAAAUAAAAACAUAAGCAUUUUAUAUGUUAAUGAUCCUCUAAAUUUAAGAAUAAGAUUAGAAGAUUAUUAAAAACUUGCUAUUAUUGCUUAAGGUUCUUUUAGUAAAGUAUUGUUAAUAAACCAAAAAAUUGACAAGCAAUAACAAUUCUUAGUUCUCAAAACUAUUAAUUCUUAUGAUACUGAUGUUAAUAUAUUACAAUUUCAUUUAGAAAAUUAUAUUUAAUCUGUAUAUUUAGAAAAAUUAGAAUUGUGUUUAAGAUAAUAGGAUUAAAUACAUUUUUUUUUCAAAUUUGUGAAAGGUGGAGAUUUAUUCACUCAUCUUUAAGAAAUAAAUUAUUUUUCAGAAUUAGAAGCUAAAUAUAUUAUUGCAUAAAUAGCUUUAGGAUUAUCAUAUCUACAUGAAAGUGGAACUAUAUAUGGAGAUUUAAAACCUGAAAAUAUAUUAAUGGAUGAAAAUGGUUAUAUUUAAUUAACAGAUUUUGGAUUUGGUAGACUUAGAGUUUACUAAGAAUUUAAAAAAGUAUAAUCUAUUAAUUUUACAGUUGAAUAUGCUGCUCCAGAAUACCUCUUGUAAGGAGAUUUAACAAGAAUGUCUGAUUGGUAUAGUUUAGGAAUUUUACUCUAUGAAUUGUUGAUUGGAAUUUCUCCAUUUUAUCAUCCUAAUCAUGAAAUAGCAAUUAGGAUGAUUUGUAAAGGAGAAUUAUUUUUUCCAAAAACUUAUGCAAUAUCUUAUGAAUGUAAAGAUUUUAUAACAAAAUUGCUAUAAAGAGACAGUUAAAGUCGUAUAGGAUUUGAGAAUGACUUUAAAGACAUCUAAUCACAUAAGUGGUUCUAUGGACUAAAUUGGUAAGAACUUUCUGAAAAGAAAAAAUUGUUACCAUAUAUACCAAAAAUUAACGAUGAAGAUAUUGUACCAUAGUAAUAUUUUAGAUUAGAGAAAUUAAAUGAUGAAGAAAAAAGUUGGUGA